AUGGUGGUGCCCGCGCCGACGGCGACGUGCGUGGGGCCGACGGGAGCGGACGGGACCUGCCGGGGGGAAGUCUUGGCCCAGAAGACGGCGGCGGGGGCUGGCGCUGCUGCUUCUUUGGGCGCGAAGGUGCCCACCAUGGGCGGGGCGGGAGUACCCGCAGAAGGAUCGCCACCACAGGACGGCGGUAGAAGCGGCGAGGUGUUGCGGGCUGCUGCCGCUGAUGAGGGUGCUCACGGUGGGGGCGUAACAACCGCAGGUGCUGAUCAGCUAGACCACCCGAUAGGGGCGGGGGAGGGGGGCGCUGGCGGGACGGGGACAGAGGCGGCUGUGCAGCCGGCGAACGAGGAGGCGGCUUCUGCCGCCGCUGCCGGUCACGGCGGCGCGAACGACGGGGCCGAGAAUGAGCAUCUUUUGCCCAAGGAUGGCGCGGGCGACGGUUCGCUUGCCGAGGGGAGAGUCAAGGCAAGCUUGAGCGUCGGUGCGGUGGGGGAAGGGGAAGGCGUUGCAGCGGCGGUUGAGGGGCAAGAGGCGGGGGCGGGGGCGGGGGGGGCGGAAGAAGAACCCCCACCGCCGCGCAAGGGCAUUAUUCACAGCACGAUGGAGGCGAUAUCAAAGGUAGUGAACAGGGGGGAAGGGGUCAAGCCCAAGGAAGAAGACGGCGCCGCCGGUGCUGCGGCGGUGGGGGACCCCGAUGACGGGAGCGGUGGCUGCGGCGGCAGCAGCGCAUCGCUGUGGAGCAACGACCCGGUUGAAGGGGAAGCGCAGGUCGCUUCUUCUGAACCUCCAGGUUCUGCCACCGUCCUUGCAGGGGCAGCAACCAACAGUGGUUCCGCUCAGGGAGACGUCGAUACGGCCCCCAAAAGCGAUGCUGGACUGGCAGGUGCAGGUGGUAGCGAGCAGCUUCCCGCGAUGGGGAAGCCGCCGUCGAGCAACGGUGGCGGUGUCGACGGGGUGCAUGCCGCUUCCGGAGGUGGCGCUGUCGGAGACAGCGGUUCUUCGACGUCUGGCGGUAGAGAAGAGAAGCGCGAGACCGACGGCGGCGGCUCACCCAGCGAUCAUGCACACGCCGGAGGAACCGUGCCGAGACCACCGGCCGAGCACGUAAACAGCGGAGCGACCGCUGCGCCAGCGGAUCCCGCGAGCCCGGCAGAUGAUUAUCCGGGCGGAAGCAGUGGCGGCGGACAGCAGGAAGGACCUGCUGGUGCUGGUGCUGGUGCUGGUGCUGCUCUUGAGCCAGCGAACGGAGAACCUCCUGGCACGUCGAAUGGUAGCCAGCAACAGCGCGAAGGUUCGAAGACGACGAUACCGGCGGGGGGGGUGGGGGCGGCGGCGGCGGCGGACGCAGACCACGCCCCCCCCCCGGUGGCGGCAAUGGCGCCACCGCGGGAGACGGAGGCCGACUCAUUGACGCAACAACAGGGGGGCGGCGGCGGCGACGGCGGCGGCAGACUCCCGGCGGCGACGGCCCAGGGGCACCACCACCAUGACGCAUCUGCUGCGUUGGGAGGCGACGGCGGCGGCGGUGAGGUGAUGGAGGCUUCUUCUUCUUCUUCGCCGGUGGUGCUCGUCGAGGAGACGGACGUGGCGGUGCUGUCGGCGGCGGCGUGCCUGGACACGCUGAGCUUCAGCGAGUUCCGCGAGGAGGUCCUGGCGCGGACUCAGCAGGCCCAGCAAUCCGCGGGCGGGGGGGUGGCGAUUGGCGGGCAGUACGAGAGCAUCUUCAAGACCCUCAUGAACAAGAUCAAGACCCUGGAGAUCAACCAGAGCCUCUUCGGUUUGUACAUAGACGACGUGCACGGUUGUUAUCAGGACGUCAUCGCGCAGAUGCUUCAAGAGCAGGAGCGAGCGCGAGCGUCGCGCUCGCAGCUGCUCAACACGCAGGCGGCCCACCUCGCGCACAUCGGCGACCAGUGGCCGGCCUUCCAAGAGCUGCAGGCUAAGGUGGUCGAGGUCGAGAACCGGAUGUUGCUAAGCUCUCUGGCCUGGUUCACCAGCCUGUUCUGCUUGGUCCUCAUGGUGUGCAGCUGCUGCUUCAAGACUUGCCGCCGAUACGCCUUCAGCGAUGGUGGUGGCGGUCGCAGCGGCGGCGGCGGAGGCGGAGGCCGUCGCCGGAGUCGAGGAAGACGGGGGUGCUGCGACAGCUGCAGCCCUAGCCGAGGAGCGCAGUCCAUGUGCUCGGCGGACGUCGCUGCCACCCCGGCCGCGAAGCAGGUGCUGCACUGGCGACCGAACGGCGGCGUGAGCGAGGAUGGGGUGCUGUCGAGCCCGGGGGUUUCGAGUUGGGAGCAGGCGGCGGCGGCGGAGCGGGGAAGAGAUGAAAGAGUUGUUUCUGGUUUUUGAAAGCAAGUCGUUCCUUCACCGUCCAGGUGUGGUUGCGCUUUUUGGUGGUACAGCAGUGUAUGCGGGUGUGGCGAUUUAGCGUACUAUAGGUGGUCUUGUGGGUGUAUCCGAUGGUGUGUUUUUUACCAGUUGGUUGUUUUGGAGCAGCGUCCAAGGUCAAGAUGAAGCGUGUGUAUGUGCUCCGAUCAGGGGUUGCUGCCCUUGUUUCGCGCUUCCUACGAAUCAUGGUUUUCAUGAUUUUCGUGUGUAGGCAGCCAGCCCCCUACAGCAGUACUUGUAGCUGUUUCGGGGCUCUCAUAUGUCUUGGAAGAGGGGACGGUCCGUAUGUUUUGGCUGGUGUGAUUUUUGUUUUCUGUUGGGCGGAAAAAGAGACCAGAACAUAUAACUACUAGAGUAGGCUUCACCGCAUCACGAUUUUUCUCCUGUGUCAUCACACGCAAACGCCCCCUGUUUUGCUUACGUUGGUUUCUGAAUGUUGUUUCUUUUGUUGCGUGCGUGCCGUGUCCAUGUGCGUGAUAAAGGUACAGGCCGUGCAGGAUUAGUUGCUGGGUUCUUUGUGUUGCUGUUUUUUUCCCCUUUCGCCAGCCAGUCUCACGGCAUCGACGUGCUUCGAUGAUCUAUGUCUCCCUGUUCGCGAUGAUGAUGAUGAUGAUGAUGAUAAUGAUGAUGA